GCAAGAAUCGGAAAUGAGUUGGUUGGUUCGCGAGCACGAAACCGAUAAUACGGGAUAAAAAAUGUCCUUUCAAGAUGAGAGAGCGCGAUAAUAUUUGCAUUCGCGUUUAGAGUUAAUAGCUGUUGAGUCAUCGUUGUUUAAUGAUCAAACGGUUGUAAGUAAUGAGCUGUUUUACGAUGCACAGUCGAUUACGGGACACCGUGUAUUACUGGACGUAUCUCCGUGUACGAGAUUACAAUAAUUGUGCGGAACGUGUCAAUUAAAACGACAUGAUGGGCCGCGCCGCUCCGCCACGCGACCACGCACGAUGCGAUUAUCACUUAUGAUGCAACGAUUACGGAUUGCGGAAAGCAAUACAUCAAUAUUCCGCUAAUAUGACUAAUAAGCGUCUUGUACGAUAAAUCCGACAAAUUUUCUGCGCAUCAUUUACACACAAUUCACAGGCGAUACUCGAUCAAGAAAUUUUCCCACCCGAUUGCGAUUAUAUGCAUGCGUCAGGAAAUAUUUUAGCAUACAGUUUGCAAAGCGUGCGAUUCUAAAUCUAGAUUUGUGCAGUCCUUGUAAAUCCUCCAUGGCGCAUCUGCGCCGCUAAGCACGCACAACAGUAGAUGUGAUUGUUUUUGCUAACGCAUCGAUUUAAGUAUUAAGAACAGAACAAUUGUAAUUAAUGUCACGAUGAAUAUCGCAGUAUUUAAUUAUUGAGAAUUUAAGAUUGAUUUUCAGUUCUAAAAGUUCCUCAAAAUAUUUCCUGGGACUCGAUAAUACUUGAUAAAAAUAUGGGCGAGAAAACGUUCAAUCUUACUUGGAAUAAUCAUCUGGCGAAUCUGUCGGGUUUGUUUGAGGCUCUUUACAAAAGCGGUUCCUUGACGGACGCAACUUUAGCUUGCCAGGGUGGUAUGCUGAGGGCUCAUAGACUCGUCCUAGCAGCAUGUAGCCCUUACUUCGAAAGAGUAUUCAAAGAACACUAUGGAGAGCAGCCCAUUCUCAUUUUGAAAGGCGUUGCCGUCGAAGAAAUGGAAUGCCUCCUGGACUUCAUGUAUAGAGGCUCUAUUGACGUAGCCGAAGAGCAUCUUCCUUCAUUGAUAAAAACUGCAACCGAUCUGGAGAUACGUGGUCUUUCUGGGGAACAGAAAAAUCCGGAGAAUAAUCGUAAUCUCUACACCAGAGUCGAGACGCGAAUGCAACGGUGUCACAUUGAAACCAGAGUACACACUACCGAAUAUAUAAAGGAACCAUCGGUGAUUCCUUUCCUACCGAAUCACUCGAACGUCGAUUCGAUGGACGAUCAUUUUAAAGUAGAAGAAAUUGAGGUGGAGGACGAUCCGAUGGUAAUCGAUGGGCACGAGGACAGCUUUGACGAACUUCCGCGAUCCACGGAAACGCAAAUUAAGCGUAUUCCACCUCCAAUGUACAAGCGGGAAACUAGAUUCAAAGGGCAAAAAAGAGUGGCCGUCGGUCGUGUGACGCGGAACAGCGAUCCUCCGGAAUCUAAGUCGAAGAAUUCCUCACGCGAAUCAAGCUACGAAGAUUCCUCGAAAAUCAUCAAAUACGAACCUAAUUUCAACGAUGGAUCUAUGGAUGUCACUGUAUCCGGCGUACAGGAAACUUCAAGUUUGGACGAACCAAAGUUAGGAAUAAAGAGAGAACUCGAGGUUUUGAAGAGAACCGGAGGAAACGAGGGAAAAGAAACAAGGACCUUCAACAAAUCCGAUCGUGCACAGCAUAAGCCUUUCUCGUGCGACCUUUGUACGUUGGCCUUCACAAGAGCGUCGCACUUAGCGAGGCACAGAAGGGUACAUACAGGCGAGAGGCCCUUCGCCUGUAGCAUCUGCCCGCGAAUGUUCGCCAGACAAGACAAGCUGAAACAACAUCUGGAUUCGCACUUGCAAUGGCCGAAAAGAAAAAGUAACCAGACAGUACCUUCGUUGCCGACAAAGAGCAAGCGCGGUAGACCGCGUAAGGUUAAUGUGGAGCAAUCUGCAAUGGAAGAGAUUUUAAAAUUCGGCGAGUUUAGCUCUCUACUAAACAAGUCACAUUCAGCGAACUCAACGAAUAAGAGUGACAGUUCUGAUAACGCUAAGAAUGACGAUGAAAAGAAAGAAGCGCAUCAAAGCGAGGACGAGUCGCUCAGGGAAAAGGAUAACCGUGCUUGCCAGGUCGAAAAUGGCCAGGACAUCGUUUAAUAGAAUCUUCUUGUGCAAUCUGGAUUUAAAUAUUCGUAAGACAUAUUUUUCUACGCAUUUGCGAGAACCGAAGAUCGAUGCAACACAAAGGAAGAAAACCUAUCGAGCUUUUCCAAAAGAUCAUGGUAUCCUUUUCCGGUUGAUUCAUAAUAAGGCUUAUAAUAUCUUCUCGUCCCGAUUGCAAAAGUCAAGAGCACUCGCGUCGCUUUUAUUGCGAAUUGUUUAACGUAAGUACCUGAGAUAUACUAACGUUACUACCAAAGCGCACGAGCCUCCAAAGAUCCAGUGGCGCGAAUGAAGGAGUCGAUUAUUAUCGGCGCAUCGUCGGCCGAUCGGUGUUAUUGAACGAUAAGAUUAAAUAAAGGGAUACCUGCGCUAUAAACCCGACCAAAUAAUAUAUACGCGUGAAGAAUGCGGCUUGACUUUCACUGUAAACGAUCCUGAUCUAAUGUAUCACCUCUCGACAUUAACUUACGAUAAUAUUUGCAAUGUAAUUACCUGUAAUAUAGCGCGCACCAUUUGUCAAUCAGUAGCCAUUUUAAUUUAAUGAUAAAGGGUGCUUUUCAACAAAAUAUCGAUUUGUGGGAGAGUUUUUAUAGUCCGAUUUUUAUUCAAGAUAGUUUAGAAUAUCUUAAAUUCAUCACAAAUUAAAAUAAAGAUUGAUUUUAUGUUCAGUAAUUAAAAAUCUAUAUAACAUUUUCAAAUUAUGUUAAAAAUGAUUUUUAAUAUAAUAUAAUCGGACAAUGAAAACCGUUUUUAAAGUUCGACUUAUAUCUUUUUAUUGAAAAGCACCUUGCAGAGCAAUGGAUGCACUGACAUUUGAAGUCGUAUACUAACGGGCCGAAUUUAUAUUUCAAGUGAUGGCACCCGUGCUGCCUGCUAUGCGAAAUAUUGCAUGAACGAUAUUAUCCUAACCUAAGAUCUUGUGCGCUUCCUACGGGACGGAAAGAGAAAAAACGAGUAACAUAAUAGCGUGAUAGCAAUAGCGUAUUACAGUUACCAACAGUCUUAUACAGUGUGAGUCAUGCCUAUGUAGUAAUAUUUUGUCAUACGCGCGACUAUAUACAUCAAGUACAAAUGUCCGAAUGUUAGACUACGUGUACCGACAUUCUGCCACGCAAACGGCAUAAAUUAGGGGUGUGCGAGUGCCGAUGGAUUACCGAAAUGGGUAUCUGACAUUCGGCACGGGUGUCGAAUUAAAUCAAGAUCGACUUGAAGCUUUGAGCAUUUCAGCUUCUCGGCCUAUCCGAAAUUUUAUCGAACUUCUUUAAAAGUAAUUGAACAAUUUUAUCACACUUUUUUUUAAGAAAUCACUUUUUAGAUUGAGGUUAAUCUGAACAUAAUUAAAAUACAUUUCUAAAAUUCGAGCAACUGGUUAUUUUCAGGGUAAGAUCGAGAGUAUACGGAAGGAUGCAAAGAGCACAAAAGCUUUGAGUACUCGGGAAAACAUUUGAGUCACCGAACUGAUGAUUAGACGAAUCAAACUCGAUGAGAGUAAAUGGACCCGACUUGACUUUGUUCUUUGUGAGUACCCGCACAUCCUUAGCAUAAAUGAACAGGCCUAGAGUUCUUUUAAGAUUUAUUCAGAUUUAAGACGCAUAUAGCGUGUUUUUUUAAAUAGAUUUUACGAUUUGUGCAAUGCCAUUAGUAAUGCCGUUUAUCGCGAACGUUCGCGGAUUGAUCCUAAUUAUAACUGCAUUCGAGAACGUUCGUACGGCAUGUGUCGAAAAAUCGUGUGGUGUCUAUAUCUUUAUAAUUGGUUAUAAUUGUUGUAUAAUUGGUUGUUGUUGUGCAAAUUGCAUUCAGUUUUGUUAAAUGGCUGUUGUUCGAUAUCACGGACAUUGUUCAGCUGAUCAUGUCCACGAUUAUAUCCUUUUCGCUGGCAACGUGCAAUUUCUUUUCAGUGAUAGUAUAUUCUGGUCGCUA